CAGAAACCCUCGUUGCAUCACUUCCGUGUUUACCACCUAGCGAAAGAUGGUGAAAUGCGAGUAAAAUCUGACGUGUCCCACUGUUGAUAGCUAAUAUUAGGACUCGGGAACGCUCCUUUUACUCACAACACAACAUCCAAACCAAGCGUAGGAACCUCAAGCCUUCCAAACAGGAGCUUUCACUCAGAUAUUAUGAUGCGUAACAGACAGAGGGGAUCCAAUCUCGGCCUGCUCCUGCUGGCCUCUCAGGUUUUCCAGCUGGGAAUCGACAACAUCCCACCUGUCACUCUUGCAACACUCGGCCUGAACGUCUAUUUGUUCCUGUUUCCGGUCAAACCCCUCCUACAGACGUGUUUGAGUGUUCGAGAGGCGUACUGGUACAGAGACUGGAGUCGUCUGCUGCUGUCGCCGUUUCACCAUGCUGACGACAUGCACUUGUACUUCAACAUGGCCUCGCUCCUUUGGAAGGGCAUCAAACUGGAAAGGAAACUGGGAGGCGCCUGGUUUGCGUACCUGCUCUCUGUCUUCUCUCUGCUCACCGGAUUGGUCUACCUGCUCCUGGAGACGGGACUGACACACAUGACAGAAGACUCCUCAUAUAGUUUACAGUGUGCAGUGGGCUUCUCAGGUGUUCUGUUUGGGCUGAAGGUGGUGAAUAAUCAUUAUCAUCCAGGAGGGGCCACAUACAUCAUGGGGCUGCCUGUAGCCAAUCGCUACGCCUGCUGGGUAGAGUUGGUCCUCAUCCAUAUCAUGAACCCUGGGACGUCAUUUGUCGGACACCUGGCUGGGAUCCUGGUCGGUCUGCUCUACACAACUGGACCACUAAAGAGCCUGAUGAAAACCUGUGCAGGCUUUGUGACAUCUAAUGGGCAAUAUGGAGGGCAACAAACAUACUACAAUCCAUCAGGAUACAGUGGAUAUGGCGCGCCGUAUCCACCAAACUCUGGCGCCCCCUACAGGCAGCAGUAUGACACACGCACACCCUCUGCACCGCCCCAGCAUCCCUAUACAGCAGGUCUGUCAGAAGAUGAGCAGUAUGAGACAGCUGUCAGGGCCAGCCUGAAUGACAGAGGUGGUUUUACGCAGGCUAGAUCAUCACGUGGCUCUUAUGCCCACUCAAACCCAACUCCUGAAGAGAUCCGCUGGCGACGGCUUCAGAGGUUUAACAGCUGAACAAUUGGAGAACGUGACAUAAUGAUAAUACUACUAGAUUGUUUACAUUAAGGACAACACUAACAACCGUUCAGAGCUAGCGGAGAAGAUUCCUCCACUGCUGACUGGUUGUGUCAUUGAAUAGCUUUUAUGAUGUCAUCAGUGGGAGGUUUCAAAGGCCGUUCCCUGUAUUUCUUAUUGCAAAAAGUUUGUAUUUACAUUUGUUUUGGCUCUAAAUGCUGAUCUCUUUGUAUGAACGUUAAAAGUUGAACAUUAAUGAAGUGAACAUUCAUGACAUGGUUGUGGAUGAGAGUGCCUUUUGCAGUAUGUUAAAUGUACAGUAAGAUGAUUUUGUCAGUGUGCCAUUAAGUCUUACUAAAUGUAUGUAAAAUCUCUCAAGCUUAUAGCACUUAUUUCCAAACAUUUCUUCCUAAGUA